CCUUUCUAUACUUCGGUUCACCCCCCUCUCUGAACGAAAGGGAGAGCGGAGUUUGUCUUUCCUCCCAAAUCUUCGAAAGAAACUCCGAAAUCAUUCAAACCCUAGAGUCGUUUUCAAGGGUUUAUCUUCUUCUGCAAAUCGAAUCCUUGAAGGCUCGAUAAUCUAUCACUCUUUCUCUUGAAUCCAAACCCUGCAUCUGCCAAAAUCCCUGCAGCGGCAGCACCGGUCUGAAAUCAUGGGUUCCGAUGCAGAUAUGGAGGAUUAUGGGUUCGAGUACUCUGAGGAGGAACCCGAGGAGCAGGAUGUCGAUAUCGAGAACCAGUACUACAACUCCAAAGGUUUAGUGGAAACUGAUCCAGAGGGAGCACUUGCUGGUUUUGCUGAAGUAGUUCACAUGGAACCUGAGAAGGCAGAGUGGGGAUUCAAAGCGUUAAAGCAGACUGUUAAACUCUAUUAUCGGCUGGUGAAGUACAAAGAGAUGAUGGACUCUUACAGGGUGAUGCUGACAUACAUCAAAUCAGCUGUAACAAGGAAUUACAGUGAAAAGUGUAUAAAUAACAUAAUGGAUUUUGUUUCUGGGUCAGCAAGCCAAAACUUUGGUCUUCUACAAGAGUUCUAUCAGACCACGCUGAAGGCCCUUGAGGAAGCAAAGAAUGAGAGACUGUGGUUUAAGACAAAUCUCAAGCUCUGCAAGAUUUGGUUCGACAUGGGGGAAUAUGGGCGGAUGAAUAAGAUAUUGAAGGAACUCCACAAAUCUUGUCGAAGAGAAGAUGGUACGGACGAUCAGAAGAAAGGCACACAACUUUUGGAGGUCUAUGCCAUCGAGAUCCAAAUGUACACUGAAACAAAGAAUAACAAGAAACUCAAGCAACUGUACCAAAAAGCACUCUCGAUAAAAUCAGCAAUACCCCAUCCACGUAUCAUGGGUAUAAUUCACGAGUGUGGUGGGAAAAUGCACAUGGCAGAGCGUCAAUGGGCAGAGGCAGCUACUGAUUUCUUUGAAGCUUUUAAGAACUACGAUGAAGCUGGGAAUCAACGGCGUAUUCAGUGCCUGAAAUAUUUGGUUCUGGCCAACAUGCUAAUGGAAUCUGAAGUGAACCCUUUUGAUGGGCAAGAGGCGAAACCGUACAAAAAUGACCCGGAAAUCUUAGCAAUGACAAAUCUGAUAGCAGCAUAUCAAAGAAAUGAGAUACUGGAAUUUGAGAAAAUCUUGAAGAGCAACAGAAGAACAAUCAUGGAUGAUCCUUUCAUCCGAAAUUAUAUUGAGGAUCUGUUGAAGAAUAUCAGAACCCAAGUAUUACUUAAGCUCAUCAAACCAUACACAAGGAUCCGGAUCCCCUUCAUAUCAAAGGAACUCAACGUGCCGGAGAAAGAUGUUGAGUCACUUCUGGUCUCCCUAAUUUUGGACAACCGCAUCCAAGGUCAUAUUGAUCAGGUGAAUCGGCUGUUAGAGCGCAGCGACAGGUCGAAGGGGAUGAAAAAAUACGCGGCGAUAGACAAAUGGAAUACUCAGCUUAGGUCCCUCUACCAGACCGUCACCAACAGAGUAGGUGGAUGAUUCAAGCAGGUAGCAGCUUCCGUAUGUUUUGAGAGCGCCAUUUUUGCUAUAGCAGUUGUGGUUGAAUCGGGGCGGGAAGCUUUCAUUGAUUCCCGGUUCCCAUUUAUUAUAAUGAUUAUUGCAGAGAUAAGUGAAGUUGUGAAUAACAAGAAGGGAUUUUCAUUAUAAGAGAAUUUGUGCAGGCUUUAUGUGCA